CUUCUAUAAACGUCACCACAAAAGACGGCUGAACCUUCGGAGGCAGAUCCCUUCUCAGGAAGCAUAUAAUGGCUUCUUCACAUUGAGUGAACUUCACUCACACCUUUGUUUUUCAACUCUUCUCAAACACCACCUCACAGUACACUUCUUUUAGGGUUAAUAAUUACUUCAAACCCGUACAUUAACCACCUUCAGCCUCUUAGCUUGUUUCUUUUCACUGGUUUUGGUUAUAAAUCUUGAGGAGACACAACAAGGGUCUCUCUCUCUUUUUCUAUUUCUUUCAUUGAACAUAUAUAAGAUUAGGCUUUGCUUCUAGAAUAAUUAUUAAACAGUUUAAGACAUGGAAGAGAGAAAUGAUAAUGGUGAGAAACUAGAUGAGGUUAUGCUACCCGGUUUCAGGUUUCAUCCAACUGAUGAGGAGCUUGUUGGAUUUUACCUUAAGAGAAAGAUUCAGCAGAGGCCUCUCUCUAUUGAGCUCAUCAAGCAGCUUGAUAUCUACAAGUAUGAUCCUUGGGAUCUUCCAAAAAUGGCCACCACUGGGGAGAAAGAGUGGUAUUUCUACUGCCCCAGAGACAGAAAGUACAGGAACAGUGCAAGGCCAAAUAGGGUAACAGGAGCUGGGUUCUGGAAAGCUACAGGGACUGAUCGCCCUAUCUAUUCCUCGGAGGGUUCUAAGUGCAUUGGUUUGAAGAAAUCUCUAGUGUUCUACAAAGGAAGAGCUGCCAAAGGGAUCAAAACUGAUUGGAUGAUGCAUGAGUUUAGACUACCAUCUCUCACUCACCCACCCUCAUCCCUCAAGAAGUUCAUGGACAAGACUAUUCCUGCUAACGAAUCCUGGGCAAUCUGCAGGAUCUUCAAGAAAACCAAUGCUACAGCUCAAAGAGCUCUCUCACAUUCUUGGGUCUCACCCUUACCUGAAACCACAACUACUAAUUCUGAUCAUAUGAUAACUACUGAUCAUAGAGACAUCAACCAAUUUUGUCAAGCAAACAUGCCAUUCACAAAGAAAACUAGCUUAGCCAGCCAGUUUUGUACUUUCAAUCACAAUGACACACAACACUCAUCAACUACUACUAGCACCACUCCUUGUCCUUUAGAUGUUGUAGCCUCUUACAACAAACCACUUAUGAAUCCAUUAAUGCUUUACAAAUCUUUAGAUCGGUUACCCUUUUCAAAUUAUGGAGACCUUCUUACCAGUGGCUUGAUAUUCUCAUCUCCUCUUGAAACUUCAACAACAACCAAUGCUAAAUCUUCAAUGGAUGCUUCUUCCUUGCUUUUGAGCACAUCAUCUUCUGUUCUUGGAGAAUUUAGUAAGAACUCUGAGGGUAUAAUAACCACAAACUUUGGUGUGUUACAAGAGCAUGGUAAUGACUACCAAAUACCAUUACUACGUGACAACAUGCAAGGGACAUUUGGUAACCACGAUGAUAACAAUGUGUUGGUAAAGAUUCCUAAUGUGAAUGUGGUGCCUCGUGUUGGUGACCAACAAUUGGAGACAGUGCGAUCCAUUGGGUUUCCAUUCAAUAUUGGCGAUGCAUGGAAGCCAAAUAUGCUUUGGGAUGCUUCAUCUUUGUCCUUGUAAUGCACCCUCUAGUUAAUCUACAACCAAGAGUUAUACUUGGUCCAAUUUACAUAAAUUAGAAGCCAUUGUUUUUGUAGCUUCUAACAAACAAGGACAUUAGCUAGCUAUAGUGUAGGACUUGGAUUUCUGUUCAAUUUUCAUAUGUAUGUAGUUCUUUUUGUUAGGACUCUGAACCUUUUCAAUUUGUAACUUGAGAUAAGAUGUGAACUCAAAUGUUUGUAGAAAGAA